GCGACGGACGAGACGGGCCUGCCUACAUGGCACCGCACGCAUCCCCGGCCAAGGCGUGUGUCGAAACGAGGAGGAGCGGCGACGGACGAGACGGGCCUCCCUGCCUACAUGGCACCGCACGCGUAUUGGGGAAAAGAGAGGGAGAGAAAUGGAGCUCGUCCUCCCCCACAUGCCGCCUCCUCAUCUCCCCAAAGCCGCCGCCGCCGCCCCCCGCGCCGCCUACUCGCCCUCAUCUCCUACCCGUCUGGCUCGUCGGAGCAGCGGCCGGCAGAGAGCUGCGGUGGUCCGCACUGGAGAAGCAGCAGCGGCCGACGGCGGCGGACACGAUGGCCGUCACGGGCAGAGCAGCGCGAACCCGGCGCGGCUGCCGGGCACCAUCUGGAGAGCCGGUGGCCGGUGGUGCGCGAUCUGGGCGAUUUGGAGGCGAGGCGACAAAGUUGACUAGGACGUCGACGGAAAUCUUCAUCGUGCCGCUUGGAGAGGUGCUCGUCCGGCUCGUCGACGAUCCCCUCUUCUCGACGGAUCCGCGAUGGAGGUGCUCGAGGAGGAGCUUCUUCUCUGGAUGCCAUGGAGAUCGUCAAGCGCCUGAGAUCACCGGCCCGAGCAAGGUGCCACCGAGUACUGCUCCUAGGUCCUCGCAGCUAAGACACAUACCCUCUACAGUUAGAUUGCUACAUGAACUAAAAUUUCUCAUAUCGAAAGAGUCGAGAAGGGAAGCUACUCAAUAUUAUGUUAGGCACUUUGUCAUGGUUCGUCCUCAGAAGCUUCUAUACAUCGCCAUUGGUAGCUGGUACGCAUUUCGGAUCUUUGUUAUGGAGGGAAUUCUCUCGCUGAUCUUUUCCAUUUGAUGUAAUUCAUAUGGUCAUAUACUCUGGUUUAGUGGUUGAAAUUAGGACUGCUAAAUAUACUUAACUCGGUUACUCAUUAGGAGUGCCAAAUAUACUUUAUCAUGCAGAACUUCUUGCCAUAAUACAACUAUGUAAUAUAUAUACGAUAAUAUGAUAGUUCGUCCUGAUGUUUACACUCGCAUGAUGGUUUCCUUUAGUGUUGUAAUUGAAGUUACUCAUCAGUGUCUUGGUUAUACUGAAGUUUGCCAUCUUUCUGAAAUAUAUGCAGUUGACUGUUGCAAGGACACGAACCAUAUCACAGUUGCAAGAGAGAAUUCACUUAAGAUAUUAUCAUCGGGUUUGAAGGAAAGAUGUUGCAUGGCCCUCUUGUUUCAAUUGUGUCCUGGUAGUGAUUUAGAGGGCACUGACAUCAAAGGUAAUGAAUCUCCAUUUUGGUUUUUGGUAUUCUUCUCAGGUAUAUAAUAAAUUGUUCGGUUCCUCCAAUUUUCUUCUUGUUAUUUUUCUGAACACAGUCGCCCCUUCCCCAGUUCUGUAAGGAUGUGCGGUUUCUGUUGAUGGCCUCGUGGUUGAUUGCAGCUUGACGGAACACAGUUUCAUCAAUAAAUAUGUCCGUGUUGCUACCCUGAGAGUUAGCUUGUUUGGUAGUUGACUCAUGAUAGUUCUUUUCCUUUUAAACUGAUUUUUGAUCAGUAGUUGAUAAACCAUGUGCAAGAUUGGGAGAUUAAAUAAAGAGCUAGGCUGAGGUUUCACCGCUCAGCCUAUCAGUUUGUGUUUGGCUGACAGAAACAAUAUUGUUUGGUUUAUACAAUGAUUACCUGACAAGUUCAUCUUCCUCUUUGCAAAUAUUACAUAAUAAGUAAUGGGACUGCUAUCUUUAAUUCUUUCAUGGCAAUCAGGCUAGGCACAUACAAGAGCGCACACCUCCGCCUUAGGAGUAAGAGGCGUGUGACAUGUGUUUUAGUUUCUAAUAGAAACACAAAAUAUGUCUAUUUCGCUCGUUAGAUAAUUGUUUUUCAUUGUGUGCACGCGUUGCACACUCAUGUCAUGACCGUGAAUGGAAAUGCACAAAGCAAAUGCAUUAUGACCCGAUGUUGUAAUUUAUAGCACCUAUUGGUCUGGUAAGAUAUGCGUUGUUGCAAAUACAGAAAUCCAACACAAUAAUGUGCGGGAGAAUAGCGCCUCCUUGCGCGUUCCACCUCAUCGUUUUUUACUGUGCUAGCGAGAGAGAGAAAAACUGAGAGGGUAAAAAGGGGUGGACACUACCUAGCGGGGACGCAAUUGGGCGAGAGGAGGAGGCGCUUCUCCUGCUAGAUCCGUGGCCAUCACGUCGCCAUCGACAUCCACCCUCCUCAACAGAUCGAUCGACCGGACGCGUCGUGAUGUCUCUCUUUGUUGCGGAUUCAUGUGUGUUGUAUGUUCAAUCCAACCCUUACUGCAGGGCCUAGCGAAGGGAAUGAAGAGGCACACCCUCAGCCACGACUCUGUCCUUCAGCUACAAAAGCUAGAUAGAUUGUAAUCAGUUGCGUGAUUGAAACAACAUUUAGGUCAUCACAAAGGGCUCAAAAUGUUAUUAAGCCAAACCAUUGAUUUUGUGUUAUUACAAUAUUAUGUAUUAGUGAUGUGAUGUGAUUCGCCAUGUCCAGCUCAUCCAUUUGGAUCUAAGUUCAACUGGCUAAAAAAGAAGCUAGAUUUGGUACAAGUGUUUUUUGGGAGAUAUGUCCAUGAUAAUCGUAGUAAUCUUAGUUCUUGGCCUUUCAUUUGGGAAAAAAGCUAGAUCUAUUCAUGAUAAUCGUAGUUCUUACCUUUCAUUAUUUAUCUUUAGGUAUGCAAAGAGGUUGGCUUUGGUACAAGUCUUUUUUGGUAGAUUAGUUACACUGAAAUUCGAUAAACAUUUGCUGAAUAUACAGUAUCACAUGAAUCCUUGUAUUAGCUUGUUUCCAAAUGCUCAGAUUUAUGAGAGGAGGAUUUUAGAUGGUUCAAAUGUCCUGCCUCCUAGCUAUAACAAGGAUUAUACAUGCCUCUUGUUUGGCAGCUACACUCUUAUAAAUGACAGGAUGGAAGGGAAGACAAGGAGGGCACAGGAAACAGUUGACAAAACAUGGUUGAAGUUGUUGUUCUGCACCUCAUCCAAACCAUCUUUAGAUGUAUGUCUUGAGCUGAACCCUCACUUUUCUUGCAACCUUGGUAUAUCAUGCCUCGAUGUCCUUGGUAGUUAUUAAUUUGUUUCUAUAUUAAGUGACUUCGCUGAUAUAACAUGGCAUCUUUAGAAGCUUAUAGGGUCUUCCUUUCUUGUAUUACAUGUCGCAUAACCUUCAUUGAUAGAAAGGUGAUCACGCAAUACUUUGUGUUCAACAAUCCAGUUGUUACCUGUGUAUAUCUUGUGUUCUGUUAACUCCAUCAAUCUGGGUUUAUGAAAAUCCAGUUCCCUGUGUAUAUUUGUCAGCAAGUCCACUGUCAUCUAUUUCCUUGUUUAAUAGAUAAUGUUACAUAUUUUUUUGCAAAACUGAGAACAUUAAGUAGAUGACAUGAAAGAUGAAACAUAGCUCUAUGAGAGUUGUUGGCCACCACAUGUACUCCCUUUUUGGUAGUAUUUUCUUUUACCUUCAGAGCUGAAAAGUGAUGUUGUGCUAGUUGUAAGCUGACACAGAAUCAACUUCAGUUUGCUAAAGAAAAUUCUCCUUUUCUUUUUGUUUAAUGCCGAUCUUUAUAAAGCACACGUGAUGAUGUUUAAUCAGUUUGACUUUGACCAUACUUUCAUGUGAUCCCUCUAGGUGUGCUUUUCUUUUCCUCCUUAUCAUUUUAUUAGUAGUUUAGGUUGUAGAUUUUUCCUGUUUUUGACAGUACCUUGGAUGGCUGCCAAAUUUGCACCAUUUUGUAGCAUUUUUGAACCCAUGCUCGUGAAUUUUUUUUAAGUUGGUUUGGUUAUGCACAUUUAGUGUACUGUAAUGCAAACCACAUGUAUGCAUAUUAGUCUGAUAUGACUAAUGCUUGUUGUCCAAGGAGUACUGAGUUUAUUGCAUAUACAGUUUCUUUAUAACAUGUGGCUUUUUGUGUGGUCAUGAACAAAUGUGUGUCUACUUCUUGGAGUCAUCCAUGUGGUUCACUUGUCUCUGUUAUGUUGUUUGUAAUUAAGAUUUGCAAGGGCAUGUGCUAUUUUGCCUCAUGCGUCUCUCUCGCGUCCCUCUCGUCGUCGGCUUUGUGCCUCACGAUUCCCGAUUAGAGAAGAUUGGGAGAAUGUCAUUAUGUCAGUUCAAUUGGAGAAUAGAAUGAUGGUGAUUACUGAUUAGGACAGAAUGUCAUUAUCUCAGUACAAUUAGAGAACAGGUGGAUUGUGCAUGAACCGAUUAGUUGUGGAGUUUUAGGAAACAAAAGAGAUGUCUUUUUGUGCCUGCUUGUGAGUUUUUGUGGUAUGAAAAACAUGUACGAUGAACUUCUUUACUGAAAUAAUAGUUAUAUGUUUCUUUUCUACGUCUAGAAAUGCUCUUACUAUGCACUAGAAGGCGCAUCGAGAAGGCGCAGAUCUACUCGAUGCACGCUUCUGAUGGAUCGGUGCCUUCACCUCUUAUAGUUUGUUCACCACAUGAUAUGCCAAACACAUUUUUUGAUGGAAUCUGGAUGGUGUUGCACCUCGGCUUAGCGAUGAACAAGGCGGUGCGCUCAUGUUGUCUCCCUGGUAUGGCCCCUCUCACUUCUGCAGCAUUUAUCUCAACUUAUAAAUAUCCCGCGUUCUUAAGCUUUUGGUCAUACUCAAUUCUUUUGCCUAUUUUCCAUGGAAACAUCCGAUCGGCAUAUCAGGGCUUGUUAAUCUUGCAAUGAGGCGCAGACCAAUGGGCACUACAGCAGUAUAAUGGGAGACAGAGGUCCUGAUAGAGUAUAAGUAGUUCAUUAAUUGAAUAUAUUCAGGGGUGAUAUGCCUUGCAUUAUGUUUGGCGCAUGCAUGUGUGGAACACUGUAUGUCCAGUUGCUGAUGAUAAAAAACCAAGGUAAUUGUAACUAAGCUAGAUGAACUUACUGGCAAAGUAUAUCAUCUGAAAGGAUGGCAACCACACAACCUGAUUUCUGUGCUAAGCAAGCUUUAUCAAACCCUUGAAUGCAAUGUAUGAGAUCUGUCCGGCAUAUAAACAAUGCACUUGCUGCAAUAAAAUAAAUCUCUUAAAUAUUCUUAAAGGAUGUAAGAAGAAGAACCUAAAAUAUCAGUCUUUGUGUUGUAUCCAAGUCAUUGGAUUGGAAAUGGUUAGAAAACUAUCAGAUGAUUUUAAUUGCACACUGUCCAAUAGACGUAACAAGACUAGGUACUUAGGUUGGUCAAUAUAACUCAUUUUGUCAUUCUAUCGACUAUAACUAUUAAUUAUGAUUCAUUUCAAUCAUGUUUAUACACAGCAAGCUUGUGCUGAUAAAAGUCCUAUGUCAGCUGAUGGAGCACUUGCAGGUUCAAGUUUGUUUAAGAUCAUCGUGGAGUCACAUUUGAAGGGUACAAACCUUUUCAUUUGAAGUUGCCCUGCCCUCGAAGACAUUGAUAAUUAUGCUUAUAGAGUGUUUCAUCUGUUGUUCUCAUGUUGUGCUACAUACUGACUGCGCUUCUUUUCUUUUACAUAGUUGCUGUUGAUUCUGCAUUUGAGGAUAAUGAUGAUGCUGAAUACUUUCGUGUUUCUGUUUCAAGUAUGUUGAAAUUUUUAAUAAAUAUUUCCUAUUCAGAGCACCCUCCACUUGGUGGCUCCUUCAUUUAUACUAAUGAAGUACUUCUUGGUGCACAAUGUGAUGAGCAAUUGGCCUUGUAUGCUC